AUAAAUCAUUGCCAUUUCCCCAUAUCAGUGACAUCUACUGUUUCGCCGGACCAAAUAAAUGAACCAACGUUAAGAGCUGGAGUUGGACUGUUUCCGUGUUUGCCUGGAGGCUAUUCCCAUCUAAAGCUUUACAUAGAUACAAUGCUGUUCUUCAGCAUAGUGUACUUCACUAUUUGGAUGGUAGUGAAUGUAGCACAGAGCAAGGUCAACGAUACACGACUUGAAGCCGAACUACAAUGUCUAGAGAAGAGGCCCAAUGAUGUUUGUGACCUAACCGUGAUCUAUCCUGUUCCUGUGGGAUCACUGGAUUGUGACAUGUUGACCGAUAAUAGAGUAGCAUACGCAUUGGAGACUCUUCCCCAAUUUUCAGUUUCUUCCGAAUUGACUGGGACCAAAGGUCUUCUCCUAAUGUUUGACCCAGAUGCUCCAGUUAGCAAAGAUCCACAAGAUGGUUUCAUUCACUUCAUUGCUCUUGUCUCGGUUGAUGGAAAUGGAAAUGUAAUAGUGCAAAGAAUUAUUACAGAUUAUUACCCCCCUUCUCCACCAAGAGGUCACGGUGAACAUCGCUACCAGUACUUCCUGUAUGACGACACUAAUGGUGGACAAAUCUCCCCUCCUAGUGGUCGGAAGUUUCAGCUCUGUCCAUUCCUGGCAAAGCACAAGAUUGGUCGUCAACCCGUGGCAUCCUUUCAGUUUAGGCACAUACGACUGUAGACCUGACUCAACUUUUGAAUGAGCCAAGGGUUUUGUUUGUUUCAAUUUCAUCAGAGCUAAUAAAAAAUACAAUGAAAUCUUC